UUCCGAUUAAGCAAGACAGGCGCUCUGAUCGAUUUAAUUGCACAAUUAAGAGGUCUCAGCCAGAUUUUAAUACUGCCGGUACCCAAAAGGAGUUGGUACAAGAGAUCCCCCGGCAAUUAAACACGAGAAUGCCCGAUAAAAUUCCGAGUUUCAAUGGCUCUGUACUUCCCAAAUGCUAAUGAUGUGGUUGCUUAUUCAUUUUAUGCUGAAAUGUGCUUUGGCCCCGUGGAAAAUGGCGCCAAUUUAAGGGGUUAAAGGAGCCCGAAUUUGGACAAAAAUGAUAGAAUCGACAGACCCUUUUGCCGGAUGUCGGGCUUCCCUGCCAGCGUUUUUCGGACAUGGGCUAAAAGCUUGAAUCUUUUAAAUGCGUAAUUUGAGCUAAUUAUUCAAAUUGUAUAAGCAGAAAGUCGCAGGGUGUUUUAAUUGUCAAAGAAUGGAACCAGAAAGCCACAGAAAGUGCAGAAAGAAUCGAAUCAAGGGCGGCUACAGCUAUAUCCAAUGUGUAGCUUUGGAAUUUUAAUCGUCCGGAAGACGUGGAUCUUCUGUAAUUAUUUAUAAUUUAUUUCUAGCCUCGGUCAAUUUUCCAGAUCCACCUUUAGAUCGGCUGUAUUUGAAGGGUGUUUUAUUUGCAGCACAGAAGUGUUCCAUAAUUUACAAGAGCAAAGGCAUUUAACUACAGAAAUACUGGAGCCUGGUGCGGCACAUUUGUUAUUUUGAAAAGCAAUGGUACAACCGUCAGAAAGGUCCUGCCCGCUGCUUCUAGAAUGAGAUUAUGAUAUACCAACUCUGUCUUAGCGGUAAUUCAUGUAAACGGAAGAACUGGAAAGAGGAACAAGUCAAGACGCAGCCUUCACGAGCUAUUGGUGUGGCUCGGGGAAGUCUGUUGUCUGUUUUGAUUCAGGUCGUAAAGAUAAGAAAGGGCAUCAAGUCAAUUCUAAAGUAAAGAUGGAUCGAAGGAACUGGCUUUGGAGAAGGAAGUCGUUGGAAAAGACAGUUUCUACAGUGGAUCAAGCAGAUACAUUACCAGCAGAAAGGGCAUGUGAAGAACAGGAUCUGAAGUCAGCUGUGACUGAGUAUUCUGAUGAAACAACAAAUCAAUUGAUGCUCUCAAAUAAUGUGAAAGAUCUACGUGAAAGACUAGCUGCUGCUCUUGCUGAAAGCAAUGCUAAAGAUGAUCUAGUAAAACAACAUGCGAAGGUUGCUGAAGAAGCUGUGUCAGGCUGGGAAAAAGCUAGAGAGGAUGCAGUUUCUCUGAAACAAGAACUUGAUGCUGCACGCCAGCAGAAAGUUGCAGCUGAAGAUCGCGUUUCUCAUCUUGAUGGAGCAUUGAAAGAAUGCAUGCGACAACUACGCCAUGUACGAGAAGAACAAGAGCAGGCCAUCCAUGAUGUUGUCAUGAAGAAAGCUAGAGAACUAGAUAUGAUUCAGCAAGAACUAGAAGCAAAACUGGCAGAAACAAAUCGAAGGCUACUAGAAAUGGGUGCAGAAAACAGUGCACUUCACAAGUCUCUUCAAGAGUGGAUGAGGCAACUGGACGAAGUGAGGGAAGGCAAAAUUCAGGCUGAAGCUGAAGUAAGUGUGUCGCAGAUAAGACUAAGAUCUUUGGAAGAGGAGAAUGCUUCAGUAAAAUAUGAAAUUUGUGUCCUAGAAAAGGAACUAGAAAUACGCAAUGAAGAGAAAGAGUACAAUAGAAAAUCAGCUGAUGCUGCUAACAGGCAACAUUCAGAGAGCAUGAAAAAAAUUGCCAAAUUAGAGACAGAAUGCCAGAGAUUGCGCGUUCUUGUCCGGAAAAAAUUGCCUGGGCCUGCUGCUGUGGCUCAGAUGAGGAUGGAAGUUGAAACACUUUCAAAGGAUACAGCUGAGUGGAAAAGAAAAAGGCUGAAUGCAAGAAAAGGGGGAUUGGGGUCAGUGUCAGAGGAUCAAUUUAGUGAUAGUGCUCAGGAAAAUAGCAUAAAACAAAUACAGUUCCUGUCAGAGCGCUUGUUCUCUAUGGAAGCAGAAACUGAAAUUCUCAAAAAUACUAUAGCAAAGAGGAACAGUGAACUUCAAGCUUCAAGGGUAAUGUGUGCGCGGACAGCUAAUAAGUUAUCAAAGGUUGAGUCACAAUUAGAUGGUCUGUGUAAAGAGAAUGGUAUCAGUCGAAUAAAUGGCACAGCUACUGAUGGUCACAUGGAUUUGUCAAAAUAUGUCAAAAUGACAUCUGAACCAAGCCUUGCUUCAAUCUCUGAGGAUGGAGGCAAUGAAGAUGAAGCUAGCUGUGCUGAGUCUUGGGCAACUGCAUUGAUUUCAGAACUUGCACAUUUUAAGAAAGAGAAACCAAGCAUGCUGAAAAAUAAGGUACUUGAAUCACCAGAAUUUGAUUUGAUGGAUGAUUUUAUUGAAAUGGAACGUUUAGCCACAGUUUCUUCUGAAAAGCAAGAAGAGUCACCAACAUUUUCUGGAAAAACAAAAGAGCUAUCCGGCAGCCAUACUGAAUUGAAAACAAACAAAAAUGGCAAUACAUUACCUAUAAUGGAUAAGAAAGUUCCUUUAGAAGAAAGCCCUACAAAGAGGGAAGCUGAUGUUCUAGUGGCUAAAAAACACAAAGAACAAACACAGCAGUCUUCAACCUUUGAAUCUAGGAUGCCAGUCAAUGAGUUAGCCUUUUCCAGCACUCAAGAGAUUUUGCACAUGAUUUUAAACACCCAUGCAAAAGGGAAGAACAUGGAUGAAGUCUUGGAGAAUGUCAAGGCUGCUAUUACAGCAUCUCAACAUUCAGACAGUGAACAAAUUAGCAAAAUAAAAGAAAAGUUGACUUGUCUGAAAGUUUUAAGUACUCCCGGUUUUGAGAAUGGUUCUUUAGAUGAACCCAUAUCAGGUCAGUUCUCACCACAAUCUCCCUCUGAAGGAAAUUCUUCUGAAGAUGAAAUCAGUCCAUUUUCAUGUUCCAAACAUAAUAAAGAAGCCUCCGUUGACUCAAAGUUGAAUGCCUCUAUUCAUAAAAUACUGGAGCUUAUUGAAGGCUUUGUUCAUUCAAACUCUGUUGAGAAUGCUCAUUCUGAGAAUAUGCCACUAAAUUCUACUGGAUCUCUUCCCAUUCAAAACUCUAUAUCUGUUCCGGGCUAUAGUAUGCGCGUUCUUCAAUGGCAGAAUUCUGAGUUGAACUCUCUCAUUCAAAGUCUUGCAAAGGUUUGCAGUGAUCUUCUUCAAGGAAAGGCUGACAUAGUGGAGUUUGUUGAAAAGAUUAGUUUUGCAUUAGACUGGAUUGUAAAUCAUUUUUUCUCACUUCAAGAUGUGUCAAGCAUGAGAGCUAUAAUCAAGAAACAAUUGGCAUGGGAUGAUGAAUUGCAUAGUGGCAGUGAAUCAGAAGGUCAUGGUGGAGAUAGCCCAACAUUUGGGCAAGGAAAGUCUAAAAGGGUUGAGAAGGGGCAAUAUGAAAAUCAAUCUAUAACUUCUACACUUGCUGCUGGAGCUUCUGAGUUAAACUUAACUUCAAAUGACAUUAAUAAGGUUGAAGUAUCACAAAAAUUGAUAUCAGACAAAGAAUCGCUUGAACACCAUUUUUGUGAAGAAAACAAUAAACUUAAAGUGGAGCUCACUAUCCUGCAAUCAGAAAAACAAGAGCUGGAGGCGAUGUUUCAACUAGCAAAUAAGAAUAUUGAGGCACUCAAGUCUCAACUCCUAGAAUCAGAGAAAAAAAUUGAAGAUUUACAGAAGCAGCUUAUAGCAAUUAAGGAAUUAAAACUGUCUUUGGAGAAAGAAAGAGAAAAUCACAUUUCUAUGAAUGAAGAACUUGAAUUUCAACUCAAAGCUGCUAGAGCUGAAUUAUAUCAGUUUCAAGAGAAAUUCACCUCAUUACAGGCGGAGCUCGAAGAGAAAGGCAGUUGUUUCCAGGAAUUAGAGGCCACAUGUCUUGACCUGCAAUUACAAUUGGAGAGUGGAGGCAAAGAUGACAACUCUAAAGAUGAAAAUACUGCACUUUUAUCCGAGUCUACUGCAGAUGAACAGAAGCGACUGAAAAAGGAAAGAGAAAUUUUAGCUGCCAACAAGAAGCUAGCUGAAUGCCAACAGACUAUACUCACUGUAGAGAAACAACUGAAGGCGCUUGCAUCCCCAAGUAAGGCAAAAGAUAUUUCUCUACAGUCACCUUCAGUUCCCCAUUUCUCCGAAAAGACUACUCCAAGUGUAAACACACAUGCCUCACUUCUGGACCGUAUGCAAGCAGAAACAAUAGCUGAGGAGUCUCAGGAUUGUGUAGCAGACGAGGGGUCUCAGGAUUGUGUAGCAGACAAAUCUACAACAAAAGAUGUUCUCUGCUCAGGAACAGAAAAAGAGGAUUCUUAUCAAGAGUCGAGCACUCCCAGGAAUGGUAAAACUGGAUUGUUUUAUGGUUGGCAGAUGCCUUCAGAAUCUUCGAGCAUUGGUGGACAUAAACAUGAAAAGAAUGUAAGUGGAGGCAAUGCUCAAUCUGAGACAACCAUGACCUCACCAGUAUCUCCAGCAAAAUUCUUUAGCAUGAAGCUAACGAAUUCUGGAAGUGAAUCUCCAAAAGAUUCUAAUGCUGAUGUAACUGGAUCUGCUUCACCUAAAAAGCGAAGCCAUGGGGGUGCAUUUAGCAGAUUUCUCAGGCGAAAGAAGAAAGGAUAUUGACAGGUUCAAAAUGUGAAAUUGGUGACAGUUUUGUUGUAAGUUUGUAAUAAUGUUUUCCUUAGAAGUUUGAUGCAUGCAAGUAGCUUCGUAGAAUGGUGUUUACACGAAUUUGGCAUGAUCACUGUUAAUCAGGACAAUCAUCAAGUGUCUUUUGGAGGGGUCACGGAGUCAUUAGGGUGAUUGGUGACUGUUUGCUGUUCAAUGUUUGAUUAUUAGAUCAAAUCCAGUAAUAUGAUGGGUGAGGUUGGUAUAAGAAGUGAUAUUGAGCAACGCAAUGAAAAAAAUGUGCUGUUUGAAGUGAACAAAAUUCCCUCUCUUGAUGCAGGAGUAUUAUGUGACAACUUAAUCAUCCAUUUAUGGUGAUCCCUUAGAUAUCUUCUGGAGCGCUCUUUCAGACAAGUGAUUUGGCAGAGAAUUUCUGGUAUACAAAUUUUAGAUAUACCAUCUUGCUAUCAUUAUGUCAUUGGUUCAGUUGCUUCACUGAAGAACAAAUGUCAAAAAGAAAUUACUGUGGGGUCUGAUCUUGCGUCAUUUGUUUCCUCGUCACUUUCUCUAUGAAAUGGGAUUUGAGGUAUGGGGAGAUUUUUGCAAUAGGUUUCCUUUUUGUUUGGUCACACUGAAUGCUACCAUGCUAAAAUUGCUACAUAUUUUUAACAAAAAUAUGCUUCUGGUAGACCUUUGGAUAGGCGCAUUUCUUACCAUGAUGAUAAACAAAGGGUUUUGAAUGAAAAUUUGCAACUGAGUAUGCACAACUAUAAGCAGAAGUACAGGUGAGUUUGAGAGUCAGCUUGAAUGCAACAGAAAUGAUGAUCGAGUUGUGGUAACAAAAAAGUGUAGUUAUAUUUCUACAGUGAGUACCAUGCCCAUUGGCUUAUAGGAUGGUCGACAACCAACACUCAAAAAGGCCAUUCAUAUUCUCCAUGUUUCUACAGAAUUCCUGUAUAUGUGUAAACAGGCAAAGCACUGACCUACGCCUCCUGGCAUAGUUUGCAUGAUCAGCAGAAUAUGGAUUGUCAACUUUGACAUGCAUGCUAUUUGAAGAUGUAUAUGGCAUGAAUAACAAGGUAGAGGCAACAUAUGAUGAAUUUUGCUUUUUCUUUUCAGUUGUAAGGGAGAUGGUGUGAUGGACAUGUUAUAUAUUCUAAUUAUUUAUCCAUCAAUAAAGUAAACUCUUAUUUGUUGUUUGUUUAAGACUGAUACUAUAUGGGAACAUACUGUCCCGAUCUAAGUGUAUUGACUGAUGCUAAGCAUCAUUAUCUUUUAUUCUCCA